CCUUGAUGGAUCUCACAGCUCCUGCGUGACCGCUCAGCCUGAUAGAUGAAUCACCUAAUUCGGUAGGUAUCGUCCUUGUAUUACUGGGUCGACCAUCCAUAUCCAUAUCUCUCUGCGUAUAUAUCAUAUCUAUCUCCUCCUUCGAUCAUAUCAGCUUGUUCCUCCUCAAACCUCCUCUCCACGCCCGUGAGCCUCAUUCGUUCCUCCCCUUGGCUCGUGACUCUGUACAUCAUUAUGGGUAACGCCGAGUCAACACCGGUCCCUCAGACCGUCCACCGCGCAGCUCCCAUCCGACAACGUCGAGCCGUCGCGUCGUCCUCCGAGAACGACUUCAAUGAGAAGUUCGAUGCCUUGAGACUGGAACGCAAGAAUGUCGGGCGGGUCAUUUAUGCCAAUGACGAUCCCGAGAAUGUAGAUGCCAGUGCCACAGAAGAGUUCGCCCACCGCUUGCUCCAGGAUCCCCGAAACCGACUAGGUUAUGCUGCGUUGAGCGGCAGCAACCCGAGGACGGUCCUUCAGCGACCUUCGGUACCUGUGCGGGAUCAACAGACAUUCAACGUUACGCUUCCUCACGAAGGCACACCGGUCACCAACCAACGCAGUAGUGGCCGUUGCUGGAUCUUCGCCUCCUGCAAUGUCUUCCGCAUCGCCAUCAUGGACAAAUACAACAUCAAAAGCUUCGAACUGAGCCAAUCCUACCUCUUCUUCUGGGAUAAAGUCGAGAAAUCCAACUACUUCCUCGAAUCGAUCCUGGAAACCUGCGACUCCGACGUCGAUAGCCGCCUCGUCAGCGCCCUCAACAGCUCCCCCGUAGGCGACGGCGGCCAAUGGGACAUGAUCGUCAAUCUGGUCGAGAAAUACGGCAUCGUACCGCAGAAUCUCUACCCGGACAGCUGGAACGCGCAGAACAGCUCCGUGAUGGACUCCACCCUCACGACCAAACUCCGCGAAGACGGCCUGCGUCUGCGCGCGCUCAAAGCCAACCGCGUGUCCGCCACCCACAUCGCCGAAGCGAAAGAAGCCAUGAUGCAGGACAUUGUGCGAAUCCUGACCUUGUGUCUCGGCCCGCCGCCCUCCGCCACCGAGAAAUUCACCUGGGAAUUCUACGACCGCAGCAACACGCUCAAAUCCGUUUCCCUGACGCCCCUGGAAUUCGCCGACACCACGCACGUCAAGCGCUUCAUUUCCCUCGUCAACGACCCGCGGAACGAAUACAACACCUUGCUGACGGUGAACAACCUCGGGAACGUCUGGGACGGCCGACCGGUGACCUACAUCAACGUGGACGCGCAGGUCAUGAAGGCCGCCUGUGUGGCGCAGCUGAAGAAAGGCCUGCCCAUCUUCUUCGGCUCGGACGUCGGGAAACAGAGCAACUCCUCCCUGGGGAUCAUGGACACGGAUCUCGUCGACUACGAGCUCGGCUUCAACAUCAAACUGAACCUGACCAAAGCCGAGCGUCUCAUGACUGGCGAGAGCGCCAUGACGCACGCGAUGGUCUUGACGGCCGUGCAUCUCGACUCCGAGGGCAAACCUGUGCGGUGGCGGGUGGAGAAUAGCUGGAGCGCGACGGCCGGGACGGAGGGGUAUUUCGUCAUGAGCGAUAAGUGGAUGGAUGAGUUUUGUUAUCAGGCCGUGGUGGAUCCGAGUUUCGUGAGCAAGGAGGUGAGGGAUGUCCUGAAGCAGAAGCCAAAGGUUUUGCCGCUUUGGGAUCCCAUGGGCGCGUUGGCGUGAAUGGGGGGUUGCUCCUCCACUUUCUUCUGUUUCUGACACGGACUGGGAUGAUAUGAGAUGACAUGAUAUGAUAGAAUGGGCCGCACGAGACUAUAUAGCGAAGAUGUAUUGAAACAUUCUCACCCCGGGGAGGGGUUUCUCAUACCUUUGCAUGAUGAUUUACCGUUGGCCAGAGAAAAUCAACCGUUGAGAGAGAAGGCUAAAAGGGGGUAUCUCCGAAAAGACUAUGCAACACUAGCAACAACCACAGCACGCCGCUCAGGCUAAACAGAAGAGACGCCAUAUCAUCAAUAUCAGCUCCGCCAGAAAUCCUACUUCUGACGCGCUUGACUCUCCUCCAUACUCAAACUAAUCGCUCUCCGCAGACCCUCAUCGUCCU